AUGAAAUCAAUUAUCCGGCAAAUCUUGUCUUUUUGUACCGCUACACUCGCUGCUCUUGCUAAGACCAACCCCACACAGCAAGAAUUGCUUGUCAGCGAGGAUAUUAUGGCCCAACAAGACAACAUGGUCCCCGGCCACAACAAUGCCAUCUACGACACCGUGCCUAAGGAUGACCAGAUAUUCAAGAUUGAAUUCCUUGAGAUUGCCCCGACACCCAUUAUCGCCGAUCGUAAGGAGCUGGCACUUCCUGACGAGGGCCUGGUCAAUGCGACCCUUAAAGUGAGCGCCUCUGCUGUCUACUCCGAUGGUAGUCAUGACGAUGAACACUCCACUACAGGGCCAUUGAGGACUACGUCCUUCAAUGAUCUAGCCCACCUCACUAUGCGUGACGCCCGUGGGGUUCAGGUUGAUUACGUGCCCAGUAGCGGGCGCAGUGAUAUUUUACUAGAUUUUCAGAUUCUUACAAUGUUUUUGAGGACCGGUAUGUGGACUUAUAAGGUUGACGCGAGAGCCGGAGAUGUAGACAAUACGUGCCUAUUUGCUCUGUCGAUGACACAAUGGUUAGAGGGGGGCUUAGGUAGGAUGUUGGGAAUAAUCUAG